CGGUAUGCUCUUUGAGCAGACUGCUGGAUUUUAUCUCAUCGUCGACCGGACAUGAUCUCGAAAGAUGCCUUCAUUGAUGUUCCCGCUCGUGACAACAUCAAAUGUCAUGAUUGGCCAAGCGGCCAUGGGAACGCGACAGGGGGCUCGUUAUCGGGCAGCAGCCCCUAGAGGGCCUCUCCACUGACAGGUUGCGAUCGGGUCUAAAUCAUUUUUCGCCUUCACCGCUGCUCGACUUCACAAUUUUUGUCGCUGCGUCUUCUGAAUCUGAAGCCAAAAAAAAAAAAAGGGCAACAUGGCGGCGAAGACCAAGGCCUUGCGCGUAAUUGCUGUCGCGAGCUUUGUCCCAGCGUUUCCGCUGUUGCUGGCUCACGGCAUCGUGUCGCACUCGCCCGUUCCCGCCACGGGCCUUGUGCCACUGGCCUUUUCGGCCGGCGCGUCGCUAUUCAUCCUCGUGCGCCAGAACAAGCCCGUCCACGACGCCUCCGAGGAGGCAGCGCAUGGAGAGGCGGACUCCGAGACGCCCCCGGAUGGCUCCUCGCAUUCUAUCGUUACCUUCGCGGUGGACCUGAUCGCGGCAGCAGCCCUCCUCAUCGUCCUGGUCUUCUCAUGGCUCGAGUCGGCCAGAUUCAACGGGCAGCAGGCGACCCUUGCUGCGUAUGCCACGAUCCCGUUGCUGGUGAACCUCUUCUUGCAUCUUUACCUUGCGGUGCGAAGCUUCUCCUCCGGUCUUGCGCUCCAUGAUCUGAUGCAGUACCUCGCCUGGCAGGUCCUCCCGGCCGACUGCCCGAACUGCGAGCACCGACUCCGCCCGUCGUCACCCCCGAGAAUCCCCUGGCUCGACUCGGCGCGGAGAGCCAAGCUCCCCGCCGCCCCAGGCCCCGAGGCUCCGGCAGCAGCAUGGAAGGUGCCCAGAUGGUUCAAGAGGAGGGCCUCCGACGAAAGCGCGGCACUGCUCGUCAACGACGACGAGCAUGACCGCUAUAGGGAUGAACCGGAGGAGGGCGGCCCCUCGUCUACAUACGUCGAGGACCCGGUGGAGGUCGUCGUCUCCCCGGGCAAGAAGAGCAAGAAGGUCAAGGAUAGUCCGCUGCCUGCUGAUUAUGAGAGUGAGGAGGUGCGAUGGUAACGUCUCUUCGGGUUAGAGGCACGUGAAAACCCACAACACGCACAGCAGAUUGUAGCGAAGAACAUCGCGCACAGUCCUGUGCUGUCAAGCGGCGUCCUGCGGCGUAGCACAAGUUGACGAGCAGUUGUAAUUGUGGGCAAUCGUGGAUUUGACUGCCACCAUGUGUAGUUCUUGGUUUUGGUUUACGCUAGACUUAUACCCCCAUAUGUUUG